AUGGAGCACCGAUUCUCAAAACGUGAAUACUUUGUUAGUUGUGCCUUUACAAUUUUAUUUUCUGGUAUUGUGGCAGUUGCUUAUUUUGAUACAUCCACAUGUCCAUACCGGUACAAUCGCGCUACACCAUGGUCAAUGACUACUUCCAGUGAUAAUAAUAAUAAUAAUAAUAAUAAUAAUAAUGACAUUGGUAUGAGUACUGUUGGUCAUUAUAAGUAUGCAUCUACACAACCACGAUCUCUAUUCAGUUCUCUUGUGCAGGAAGGUGGUCUUACUUGUCACAUGACCGAUCUUGUUAUUUGGGUUUAUAUUAUAGGACUUGUGUUAUUUAUAUCCCAUAAGGCAUAUCAUUACCGAAUUCAAGGUUUACAUUACUUUCUUUUGGAUUAUUGUUAUUUCCAUAAUUUUUGUUUGGUUUUAUUUUUAUUAUGGCGUCUUGUGGAUGUACAAUGGUCGGAAGAACCAUUAAUUUCUUGGGAAACGUAUUUACCGGAGAGUUGGCAAUCCGAACGUAUAAGCAGCAGUAUUAAUAGUAAUAGUAAUACUGGUGGUAGUAGUAGUAGUGUGAUUGAGAUGAUUCAUGAUCAUAAAGGAGUAGUAACGACGGUAACUGCAAAAGUAACACCAUUUAUUAAUCAAACAUGGAAAUCAUGGGCACAACAAGUAAUACCAUCAACAAUGCGUCAAAUAUUAUUAGUGGCUGGUAUUUAUAAACCUAUUUCUGUAGAUAUUAUUACUAUUGGUUAUGCUGCUGCAGAAGUUUCUACUCCAGAUGAUUUAUUAUUAGCCUUUUUAUCCUUCUUUACAUUGGUAGCAGGAAGUUUCGGUCCUAUUCUUGGAGCUAUAUUAAUUUGGAAAAAUGCCCUUUUAUUUCAUUCCUUUGAUCGUAUGUCAUCUAGUUAUUUACAUCUUGCCCCUGCUAUAACUCAGGUGUUAUUACUACAUCGUCUUUUUACUACAGCCAGACAAGAACUUGCAUCUUUUGAUGAUAGUUCAAAUAGUACAAAUCAUAGUCAUGAUCAUAGUAGUAGUGGUGGUAGUUGUAGUAAUACUUUACAACAUCGUUUAAAUGAACUUUGUAGUCAAGGAACUCUUUGUUAUGAUCUUCGUCAUGCUGUAUCUUACCGAACACUUCUUGAACUUCAUUUUGUGAUGUUUAUUGCUUGGCAGAUUUUUUAUCAUACCAUUAGUGAGAGUCGUCGAGUUUCUCGUAUAAAAUCACAUCGUAAACGAUUAAAAGAACUUGAGCAACGACAAGAAGAGUUAUGUAGACUCACAGGGGCAACUCGAGAAGAGGCACAAUUACUGCGACCUAUAUUACUUUUAUCGGAAGGUCUUGCUGGGGAUCCUGCCCAUCGUGUAACGGCUUAUACAUGGAUGUGGGAACAUCCUCCACUUGGUAAAGAAGGUCCACUCUACCGAUUUGUUACUUUAUUUGGUAAAGGAUAUCUUCCAACGGUGAUUAUGUUUCAAGUAACCCAAUGGAUUUUACAUGUUAUCUUCUUUACAUUAGCUUAUGGAUCUCUUUAUUAUAGUUUUCAUGUGGCUUUCUCUGCAUGGCCAUUAACUUUGUAUGUUAUUCUAUUUGUGAUAUUGUGUGUAUAUAAUGCAGCUGUGGUAAAUAAACGAUGGAUUCAAAAACUACAGCGUUUGGCUGAAAUUGGAUUAGCAGCACAACGUACACGAACACUUAGGGAGGAGGGAAAUGUGGGAAAAUAA